AUGACUCCAAACACCCAGAAAAGGCUACGCUCCUUGAUGUUAUCCUCACAAAUAAUCCUGAUAGGUAUCAGUCUGGGGUUUUCUGUAAUGACCUUAGUGAUCACUGUUUUACAGCCUGUGUUCGUAAUGGCUGCUCAGUGAAACGACCUGUCCUGAUUUGUCAUAGACGCUUGCUAAAAAACUUGAAUGAGCAAGCCUUCCUUCAUGAUAUAGAAUUGGUAUAGAAUGAGCUUGAUCCCCUCUGUCAAACGCUUGUACCUUAUUUUUUGAUAUUUUCAUUGGUAUUGUUAACAAACACGCCCCCAUAAAGAAAAUUAUCAUUAAAAACAGGUUCAGCCCCUGGUUCGACCGUGAUCUGGCAGAGUUACUCCACCUCAAGAAUUCCAUUUGGCAAAAUGCUCGGCAAACGCAUACUCAGGCUGACUGGCUCUCGUUCAGGCAAAUGAGAAAUAAGUGCACUCAGGCUAUCUGGAAGGCCAAAGUUAGUUACUUUAAGGAGCAGUUCUCUCUCUGUGGGUCUAACCCCAAGAAGUUCUGGAAAACGGUAAAGACCUGGAGAAUAAACCCUCUUCCCCACAGCUGCCCAUGUCCCUUAAUGUUGAUGAUGUGGUUGUUACUGACAAGGAGCAUAUGGCUGAGCUCUUUAAUCAACACUUCAUUAAGUCAGGCUUCUUAUUUGACUCAGCCAUGCCUCCUUGCCCGUCCAACAUUUUCUCAUCUCCCACCCCUUCUAAU